GUUUUAUACCAUAAGUAAAUGUAUAAAACCAUACCUUUCCCCAUAACAUGUGUUAUUAUACUCUGUGUUCACACUUACGGCUCGAAAACAAAAACAAAAUUAAAUUUUUCAAUACAUUUUCAAGCGAUGACUGAUUUCGUGGUAACUAUGAAGCCGUUUACGAUCACCGAUGGGAUCCACUGGUGAUCGGCCCCGUCAUGGACUACAACCUAAUCGUCAUAAUAGCCGUCGUAUGGCUCAUCAUAAACGUGAUGAAUGUGGUGCUGAAGACGUGGUUCAGCUACGAGUUCGCCCAAACCCUGCAGACAUUAGGUCUCACCAUAAGACCUCUUCAGAUCCAGAUGUGCACCCAAUCACUGAAUCGUGUCUUCUAUCUCCUGAGCACAUGUCGGCCCAAACUGCUGGACAAGUGGUUCACAGUGGGAACCGUUGUGACACUGGCCGCGAUCAUACCAUCCGUGUAUAUACUGCUGCAGACGCUGUACCAGCUAUUGGUCGCCAAUUAUCUCAUCGGCGGUAACCGAGCGCUGGCCAGUGGGCAGGCGUUGUAUCCUGUGAUCCCCGGCAUUAACCUUCCGAUGUCUGACUUUGUCUACUAUUUCAUAACUCUCGCCAUAAGUAGUAUAUAUCACGAGUCGGGACACGCGUUGGCAGGGCUCAGGGAAGGGGUACGCCUUCACAGCUUCGGUGUCUUCCUAUUCAUCAUAAUUCCGGGCGCUUUCGUAAACCUGUCGACAGAGCAGGUCCUGAAUCUGAACGUCUGGAACCAAUUGAAGAUCUUUACGGCCGGCGUUUGGCAUAACAUAUCUCUCGCACUGUUUGCCAUCGUUUUGCUGUUAAUCAAUCCAUUCGUAUUGAGUCCACUGUAUAGUCAACCGCCCGGUGUUGUGGUCGCUCACAUCGAGCCGCUGUCGGGCGCCGCCGGUCCUAACGGCUUGCGUACGGCUGACGUGAUCACUGGUGUCGACGACUGUAUGAUUAUAGACACCACUAAUUGGAAGCAGUGUUUGCUGUCUAUAGCCAACCAUCCGCGGGACGGGUAUUGCGUGGACGCGGAGUUUAUCGCGAAGGAGAUCAAGAGUUUCGCGCCGGUAGUCAGUGGUGGACAGGCAGCCGGCGCUCAUUGUUGUGAUAAAAAUAGUGAAAAUAGUUUGUGUUUUAUAAAGAAUAACUCUAUGAACGAGAGGGUGUGCCUACCGGUGCGCCGGCUACUGGACACCAGUCCCAUGACAUGCAAUACUAGCGCCGAUUGUACGCGAAGUAUGGCUAAGAGUAGUGAUAAUUGCGUGAAACCCGUGGCCGACACGAACGGCACGAAACUGGUGCGGAUUAGACGACAGGGAAAGCCUAAUGUGCUGUUUUGGGGGUCGCCCUCCGAGCUCUACCAGUCCAUCGUUUUAGUCAAAUACAAACCAAAGUUGACGUCUUUGCCGCUCAUUUGCAUCCAUUACUACGAGACACUUCUCAGGUAUUUGAUAUCGUUUUCGUUGGCAUUGGCGGUGUUUAAUGUGAUUCCGUGCGUCUAUUUGGACGGUCAGUGGAUUAUCAACGCCUCCAUUGAGCUGACACUGGCCUCGAGGGUCAGUACGAGAGUCAAGCGACUCGUAUCGCAAGUGUUGAUAUCCAUGGGAACGGUAGUCCUGUCGUCGUGUGUUGUCAUCGGUUUAUACCAAUUGUUUGACACUUAAGUACAACGAAUGCAUUGUUUGU